AGUCUUUGGUUUGAUUUGAAGUCGUGCAGACUGUUUUUUUUCCGUUAGGUAGUCGACUCUCUUAUUCUGAUCUCCAUAAAACGUAGCUAAAACCGAAUAAAACCUUAGAUUUUUAUACAAGCUAGGCUCAACCCAACUCCGAGUCGAUACGCAGCGUCAUUUAUGCGUACUGGCGUACAUUUUGGAGAAAAGGUAACUAGGCAUCGCUAGAGAUUUUUAUGGCACGUGCCCUGUCGCCCCUGUUGCGAAGAAAAAACUAGCACUCGGAUUCUCAUUCCUGCGCCAUCUGCGUGGAUUUGUGUGGUCGUGUUCACAACUAGCCUGUAAACAAACGUUUUGGAGCAAAAAGAACAAGUUUUCUCGUCGUUAUCGUGUGUUUGUAAUACUAAACCAACAAAAUGUUAUAAGUAUCAACGAGUGCACGGCAAUUUUUUUGCACAAUGAAUAUUGCUGUCUUAGAUUGAGGCGAUCUACGAUUCCAAAUAUCAUAUAUUUCAUUGUCGUCAAGAAGUAUUCAUUUGAGUAGUAGCUAUCAUGGUAGAGGAAGUUGUUAAUACCAACAACAAAUCAAAGAAUAGGACAGCCAGACCACGUCCAGUAUAUUUGUGGAAUGUAUUGGAUGUACAAAAAUGGUUGCGAAGGCACUGCAGUGACUACUACCAAUCUUAUCAUGAAAAGUUUUUAUAUCAUGACAUAACGGGAAGAGCACUUUUGCGAUUGAAUGAAAAUAUUUUGAUGCGACUAGGAAUUGAAGAUAAAGAGCACAGAAUGGAUAUUUGGAGGGAAAUCAUGAAGUUACAUUUGAAAACUGACAUCUUGGAAAUCAGGGAUAUCGAAAGACGUAACAAUAUGAACUAUGAUUAAUUAUUAAUAUAAGUCAAAUUGCGUGUAUAAUAGUCAUUUAUUUUUAUAACAAUUAGGUAGAAUAUAAAAUACGUAACAUAUGUAACACUAAAUCAAUGAAAAAAAGAGGCUACAUAAAAACUUUGAUAAUACAUUAACUAAGUUUGUACAAAAAAAAUUUGGAUAGUAUUUUGUACGUUAAAUACAACUAAAAAUAAGAGAUUCUUGGGAUAAAAUGUUACAUUAAUACAUUUUGAUCCAAUGUAUGUAAAUAAUACUGCCAUAAUGAAAUAUCAAAUAAAAAAUUAUCCUUAAAAGAA